AUGCAUACCCCUGACUGCAUCUCCAAAUGCACGAACCAGCAGCUAGUUAGUACCCGUGGUGGUUGUUCAUGGUAUGCUUAUACAAGAUAUGAAGGUGGAUACUACGUACGUACUCUUCAAGCCAUUCAAUUAUGUUAUAGAAGUUGGGAUAAAAUUGCAGCGAAGACCAUAGCUGCAUCAUGCAAAGAUUUUCCUAACAUUAACAGGAUGAAGAUUGACCUUGCAGAUAAUCCCAACGAUUUAUACUUUGAGUGA